AUGGUACAAAUUGGUCGCAAUUUGCAGCGGCAGACGAUGGAGUUGGCAAGCAGUCCAGGGCCUCAGCACGGCAGCGGUCCCACCGGCAGCAGCCCGCCACUCCUCCUCCUGUGGCAGCAGCAGCAGCAGCGGUCCAGCCAGCAGCAGCAGCAGCAGCAGCAUCCCCGGCCCCGUCUGCGGCAGCAGCAGCAGCUGCGGCGUUCCUGCCACCCGCCGUCGCCGUCGCCGUCGCCGUCGCCGUCCGACCCUGGUCUUCGUCCGUCUUCGUCUUCCUCCGUCUCCGUCUUCGUCUUCGAACUGCGUCGUGGAGAUUGUCUGAAAGCAGAUCUGCAUGCUCCUCCAAUGCAUAUGGGGGGUCUUUCUGCGAGCAGAGUUGAUUCUGCUCCAGCCCAACAUGGAGCUAUCCCACUGAGGGAGUGA